AUGCUGCUCGAACCUGUCGAAUGUUCUGACAUUUAUCUUUCAUGUUUUCUAGCAGACGAUGACGAUGAGGAUCACAAAUCAAUAGGACCUCAAGUAAUUGACGUCGCUUUUGUAAAAUCAGAUGGAACAACAAUUACAGUUGAAUCUGCUCCCAGAAUUGGUCUUUGUAAGGGCGACAGUGGUGGGCCACUUUUUCAAGUUGAUGAAGAGAACAGAUCAACAUUGAUGGGAAUUUUGUCGCACGGUAGCUCAUGUAAAUGGAAUUUCUAUGUUGCACCGGAGGAUCAAGGCAGAGACAAUUUCACAGAUGUUCGCCAGUGUUUGGAUUGGAUUUGUGAAAAGUCAGGUGAACUGUGA